GCUUUAGGGAAGCCAUGGAAGUCGACGAAUCGCAAUCGGAAAAUCAGGUUGUGAAGGAAAACGCUGCGCUCGUUCAGCCCGACUGGGAUAUGGCGCUGAAGGAAAUGCCUCGUCCACAAUUCUUUGUUGGACUUCGCAAACACGGCGAAAAGUCUGUGUUUGCUAAUGUGGAAAAAGAGGGAGACGACUAUAUCUGUGCCGAUCCAUCUAUUCGAGUCUCCGUUCAGCUUACCUGUAACUCGUUGCAUGUGGAAUCGACUAAUAUUAAUACUACUUUCUUGUCACCGGUAUCCGACAUCCGCGAUCUGCAUGACUCUGCCAUUCAGUCCAUGGAUAUCUCCUGCACAGGGAAUCUUAUUGUAUCGUCUGAUAUCAGUGGUUCUCUGAUCAUCUCCAAUGUGAUGAAUGGAAGUCUUCUGCGCGUAUUGAAAGGCCACAUCAUGGACGUGUACAAAUGUCGGUUCUUCCCUAGUGGUUUGGUUGUUCUGUCAGCUGGUAUGGAUAUGUCGGUAAGGGUGUGGUCGGUGGAGACAGGACAGUGCCCACGAAUAUUCAAAGGGCAUACAAUGGCAGUCACAGACAUUGCCAUCAUUGGCGUUGGUCGUCAAGUGCUGUCAUGUUCAAAUGACGGCGCUGUGAUCAAGUGGUUGUGUGCGGAUGGAUCACAACAAGAGCUAUGGAGACUUGAAGCUGGACCAUGCAACGCACUCGCCCUUGAUCAAAAAUCGGAAAUAUUCGCUGUUGCAUGUGAGGGGAAGAAAUGCAUAGUUUGCUCUGUUGAAGGCCCAAUCAAAGUCACUAUCGCUACGGACAACGUCCCUACCGCAGUUUGCAUUGAUCACGAUUCGGAAAACAUCAUCUACAUUGGAGACGAGCAGGGCAUGGUGUCCGUGUACGAUAUGAAACUGAGAUCUUACAUAUACCAUCUGCAAACCAACCGAGGAAGUGUGACAAAAAUGAUGACAAGAGACGAAGGCCUUUGUGUGGCAUUCAAAGAUGGUUCGAUGUGUUGCUACCUGUGCCAAUACCCUCCACCCUCAGAUGUGACGAGCCCGCUAUACGAGUUCACGGGCUCCGAUUGUGAUCCUAUCUAUGAUUUUUGCUUCCAUAACAAGCAUCUGUUCACAGCUAGCAGAGACCGAGUCCACCUAAGCUUCAUCUCUUUCCUGUUUGAUGUAUGCUGUGCCAUUAGCUACUUGAUGAUAUCCUACCGGGCAAAAAUUGAGAUGCUGAAAAUCCAUAGCUGCGCCGAGAUAUGCGUUGCGAGACUACAAAAACAACAAGUUCGCUUCAAAACGGUGAAAUUCAAACCGAAGAUAGCAAAAAAUCGUCCGCUGAAAACGCCAUCAGCUGUUGCAUUGGAUCAUUGUGAUUUCUACUAUGGUCCAAUGUUCGGGAAGCGAUGGCCAAGCAUCCGUUUGGGCCUAUUGACACCAAACAAGCACAUAGCAGUCAUGAAUACGUUCUCGAAGAGCUGUGACGCUCAUGAGGAUAUCUUGAAAGACCUCGGCACCUUUGACCUGCUAGCAAGAAUCCGUGGUAAAACUGCCACGGAACGAAUUGAAGAGAAAAAACUGCGCGUUGAGAGCCUGGCGAAGGAAGAGACUGAGAGAGCUAUGAAGGAAAUGGGUGAUCAUGAAAUAGCUCAACUAACAUCAAGCCACGAUGGCCCAGACUUGAUCAUGCGAUCUGCAGCUGGCCUGGGCGAGUUCCAGCCACCCUCCGGAUCCGUUACUCCUGGUGAACUGCAGUUGGGCAAAAAGAAGCAAAAGAAGGAGAAUCUGGAAAAUUUUGAAGUCACAGGAUUCGAGGCUGAAGGAAUGGAGCUGGCGCGACGAAAUCAUUUCAUCUACUAUCCACGUGAGCUGCGGCUGAGGUGUUACGAUCGCGGAGUAUUAUCAGAUUUUCCACCACCAGUCAGGGAUGACAGUGGCAUACCAAGUUGGUGGCUUUUGGAUGGAGGAUCACUGGUGCCGGUGCUAGCUCUCGGCUUGGAAAAAGGUGACUCAUUGUUGGAUGUUUGCGCUGCACCUGGAGGGAAAAGCUUGUUGGCUUUGCUAACAAAAUUGCCAAGUAAGAUGGUUUGCAAUGACUUCAAACUGGCAAGACUCGGACAGCUGAAAAGAGUUUUAUCCAUAUAUGUUCCCCCAAAUGCUCCAGAAGCAGACACAGUGAUAUUGAAAAGAAAAGAUGCUAGCAAUCUGGCUACCUGGGAUGAGCUGAACACAUAUGACAAAGUGAUCGCUGAUGUUCCCUGUUCAACGGAUCGCUUAGCACUCAAUCAAGAUGAAGGUAAUAUGUUUUCGCCUCAAAUGACCAACGAAAGGUUGAACCUUCCACAACUACAGACGAAGAUUUUGAUAAAUGCUUUGCGAUCAGUAAAAGUUGGCGGCUCUGUCGUCUACUCAACUUGUACUUUGUCAUCUAUCCAGAAUGAAGCCGUGGUGGAGAAUGGAGUAGCGAUAGCGGAGCAGAAGUUUGGAGUUCGAGUUGUUGAAGAGUCUCUUCUACAAUUGAUCACGCAUCUUUCAUCAUCUGGUCUUUAUCGGUUCUCCGACCAGUGCCGAACGGGUGCUCUAGUACUGCCUUUCCUUCCUUCGAAUUUUGGACCGAUGUAUGUUUGUAAAUUGACAAGGCUAGCGUGAUUUCCAUCUCAUGUGAUCCUUGUGACACUGGACAUAUACUUUGAAGAAAACGGGUACUCAUCGAGUUGUAAAUAUUGGAGACGAUUGCAAGAUAGUCUUGGUAUCUCUGAGUUAUUAGAAUUUCAUCAAAUUGUUCUCAAUCGAAAGUGCUUUGUAAUCUAUUAGGCUUGGUUUGAUAACUUCAUUGAAGAAUUUGCAGAUCGAUAGAGUCUUUGAUUCUGUUACCCUUCCUUGUUGUAUGGUUAUUAUCUUGUUAUUUUUGAUAAACAAACCCC